CGCAGAUUCAUCACUGCAACUCCACUGAAACCAGAACUCCUGACAACAUGUCUUACGCUUGCAACUCUGGAAACUUCUCCUCCCAGUCUUUUGGAGGUUUCCUCAGGCAGCCAGUCUCCAGCUACAACUCCUUCUACCCCAGCAGCAAUGUUUUCUAUUCUCCAAAGAACUUCCAGCUAGGCUCCUCUUUCUACAAUGGACAGCAGGAGACCUUCGAUGAGCCCCUGGAGUGUCACUCACCAUGCUGCGGGACCAGAUCCUUCCAGGCAUCCUGCUUCCGGCCCAAGCAGUACUUUUCCAGGCCCUGCCACGGAGGCUUUACUGGAUCUUUUGGAUAUGGCAAUUCGGGUUUUGGAUCUUUCGGGUAUGGGAGCUCUGGCAUUCACUCUCAGGGUUGUGGGUCCAGCUUCUACCGCCCAGGUUACUUUUCUUCCAAGAGUAUCCAGUCGUCCUAUUACCAGCCAGGCUUUAGCUCUCGCUUUUGCGGGUCUGGUUUCUGAACAUCCCAGUUGUCUCAUUGAUGGUUUCUUCACCUUAUGGAAUUCAAAUGGCACCUCCAACAUCUAGGAUUUAUCGAUGAGCAUUGUCUCUCUAGGACUCAGCAUCAUAAUCUACCGGGAAGCAAACGAUUUUCUGAGGACAGAGUAACUUGAAUCUUUGACCUUUCAACUCUACUGCAAGAGAGAGCUGGUAUUUUAAUUAUUAUGUAAACGCUUGGAUCUUUUCUUUUACCAUCCAUCCCUCUAAAUUUCUUCUCUCAUUAUUUCCUUAAGAUUCCUCCACUCAAGUUCAUUUUUAAUAAACUUACAUCUCUAG